AUGGUGGAUGUGGAUCCUUCUAAUAGCAAAGAGGAGAUGAUGAAGAUAAUUUUUAACAAGUUCGACAUCAACAAAGAUGAACAGCUAGGGAUUACUGAGCUAUUAGAAUGGAUUAUGGACGUUGAACCCACACUAAAUAACGAUUUGCAAAGGGUUCCAUCUUUCCUUAAAAUGUACAUGGAUGCUUACCCCUUUUUCCUAAUUCAUUCAAAAGGAUUGUCCUAUAUUGGCUUCAGUCUCAUUUAUGUCGAUGGUCUUCGUAACGUUGAUCAUGAUUUCAAUACCAGUAAUACCCCAUCACUCGAAAUUCAGACCCCAAUUCUACAUCAGGUGGCAUCAUUACAAGAAUGCGCAGUUGUAGGACUUCAAGUACAACAAGAGCAACAACAACAACAUAUGCUUCAACCGUACCAAGAACAACAAAUACUACUACAACUACAAGCACAACAACAAGUUGCAAGUCUAGCGGCAACUAAUCACUCACAGAAUUCUAUUGUGUCAAACAACAACCUCAUCGACAACAUUUACAGUGCUAGGAUGGAAGGGGGGAUCAGCUCAAAUGUGCAGGUGGCAUCAUUACAAGGAUGCGCAGUUGUAGGACUUCAAGUACAACAAGAGCAACAACAACAACGUAUGCUUCAACCAUACCAAGUACAACAAAUACUAAUACAACAAGUUUCAAGUCUAGCAGCAACUAAUUACUCACAGAAUUCUAUCGUGUCAAACAACAACCUCGUCGACAACAUUUACAGUGCUAGGAUGGAAGGAGGGAUCAGCUCAAAUGUGCAGAAUGCUGAAGAAUGUAUUGAGUCAACAGUAUUGUACGAUGGACCUCAUCCUGAAUUAGCUGCUAAGCUUGAAAAGGAAAUAUUGGAGACAAAUCCAGGAGUUAAAUGGGAUGAUAUUGCCGGACUAAGUGAAGCAAAGAGGAUUCUACAGGAAGUAAUGGUAUUGCCAUUGUUGAUGCCUGAGUAUUUCCAGGGAAUCCGGAGACCUCAGAGAGGAGUUCUUAUAUUUGGUCCUUCGGGGACAGGGAAAACACUCUUGGCCAAAGUUGUUGCUACAGAGUGUGGGACAACAUUUCUCAAUAUUUCUUGUAGUUCAUUGUGUGGAGAUUGCUAUGGGGAGAGUGAGCGAUUGACACAGUGCUUAUUUGAGAUUGCCCGUACUCAUGCUCCAACUACAAUUUUUAUUGACGAGAUUGAUUAUCUUUGCAGCUCCAAAGGGUCUGCUACAGAGCAUGAAGCAUCCCGAAGGGUAAAGGCUGAACUUAUAGUUCAGAUCGAUGGGUUAAACAACUCUAAUAAAAUGGUGACAGUUUUGGCAGCAACAAAUUUCCCCCAGAGUCUUGACGAGGCACUAAGGAGACGGCUAAAAAAGAGGAUUUACAUCCCACUUCCUGAUUUUAAGAGUCGUAAGGAGCUUAUAAAGAUAAACUUGAAAUCAAUCAAGUUAGCUCCUGGGGUGAAUAUUGACCAAGUGGCACGAAGAACAGAAGGUUACAGUGGAGACGAUCUAACAAAAGUCUGCAGAGAUGCUUCUUUUAAUGGGAUGAGACUGAAGAUAUCAGGGAAAACUACAGAGGAAAUUAAGAACAUAUCCAAAUCUGAAAUUCUGAAUAUUUCGAUUACGAUGGAUGACUUUCUGGAAGCUUUAGAUAAAAUAAAGCCCACCGUUUCUGCAACGGACAUUCAACGAUAUGAGAAAUGGCUUUUAGAAUUCGGAUCAUCAUAG